UAGUUUUUACAUUUAACUUUUGGGUUGUUAUUUUGUUUUAACAGGCGCAGAAGAAGAGACAGAUUGAGAUUCUGAAAGAAGGGUUGGGGAGGGCAAGAAAGGCGAUACGAGCGGCAUCUCGGUCUCGGAGGUGUACUUCGAACGGGCCGGGGAGUUACGUUCCCAAGGGAUCAGUUUAUAGAAACCCUUGCGCUUUUCAUCAGAGCCACGUCGAGAUGCAGAAGCGAUUCAGAGUGUGGCCAUACAAGGAAGGAGAUGCACCGCUCUUUCAUAAAGGUCCAGUAAAUGAUAUAUACUCAAUCGAGGGGCAAUUUAUUGAUGAACUGGAGAGCGAUAUUUCACCAUUCUUAGCUCUAACCCCUGAUGAGGCCCUUGCAUUUUUCCUCCCCGUUAGCGUUGUGAAUAUUGUAAAGUAUGUUUACAGGCCGUAUACGAAUUAUUCUCGUGAGCGCCUUCAGAACAUCGUAAAGGACUACAUUGGCAUUGUAUCAACCAGAUAUCCCUACUGGAAUAGAAGCAAUGGAGCCGAUCAUUUUAUGAUCUCUUGCCAUGAUUGGGCACCGGAUGUUUCAGCAGCGGAUCCGAAGCUUUUCAAGCAUUUCAUUAGAGUUCUUUGCAAUGCUAACUCCUCUGAAGGAUUCAAGCCUGAAAGAGACGUUUCACUGCCGGAAGUGUACCUUCGUUAUGGGGAGCUGGGAAAGCCUCGAAAGGGCCAACACCCAAACAACCGUUCGAUUCUAGCCUUCUUCGCAGGUGGCCAACAUGGGAACGUGAGGAAAAUGCUUUUCAAAUAUUGGGAGCAAAAAGACAAUGACAUUAGAGUAUUUCGAUACCUCCCCAAAACCCUAAACUACACUCAACUAAUAAGCCAAACUAAGUUUUGCCUUUGCCCUAGCGGAUACGAAGUUGCAAGUCCGAGAGAGGUUGAAUCUAUACUUGCCGGUUGUGUUCCGGUGAUUGUUUCCGAUCACUAUGUGUUACCGUUUAGCGAUGUUCUCGACUGGAGUAAAUUUUCCGUUCAUGUUCCCAUCGCAAAGAUACCAGAGAUCAAAACAAUACUGCAAGGGAUUUCUGAGAAAGAAUAUUUGAAAAAACAAAGAAGGGUCCUCGCCGUGCAAAGACAUUUCGUGCUCCAUCGACCAGCUAAACCAUAUGAUAUAAUGCAUAUGGUGAUGCAUUCAGUAUGGCUUAGGAGGCUUAACAGAGGAUUGCCAAAUUAA